AUGCCUAACCAAGGUGGAACAUGCCUGAAUUUUGAGGAACCAUUAUUACGAGAUGGUAAAUUGAUUGCUCAGGUAGAUGUGGAGGAGAUAGAAGUUGAAAUAUUCUGGAAUUUAGCAGUGGUUUGUAUUGUCCUUGGAGCCAAUCCCCCAUUUGCAGUGUUUGAAGGAUUUAUCAACAGAAUUUGGGGAAAACUGGGUAUUGAAAGGAUAGCUAGAAUGAAUGUCGACUAUACUCUUGUGAAAUUUAAGGAUGAAGCCACACAUGAUAUGGUGUUGGAGGCGGGAGUCGUGCAUUUUGAAAGGAAACCAGUAAUUCUGAGGUCGUGGUCUACUGAUCUAGACACCAUGAGGUUAGUGAAAUCUGUUCCUGUAUGGGUUAGGUUACCUGGUCUUGGGUUUCAAUAUUGGGGUGUUAAGUGUUCGAUUGCCCUUGUUAGUACCAUUGGUAAACCUAUGCUAGUUGAUAAAGUUACUAAAGAAAGAUCAAUGGUGAAAUUUGCAAGGGUUUUAGUGGAUGUUGAAAUAUUAGAUGAUGUUCCUAAAACCAUUAAUUUCCUGAAUGGGAGAGGCCAAUUGAUGGAACAACUGCUGGAAUUUGAAUGGCUUCCUACUCAGUGUAAAGGAUGCAAAGUUCUAGGUCAUUCUGAAGCGUUUUGUAAUCGAAAACAGGGAGUUGUUUGGAGGAAAAAAGAAGUGAAGCAUGGGAGGCAUUCUGAAGAAGUUCUUGAUCGAAACACCAGUGAAUCUCAUUUUGUCUCAAUUCCAAAUGGCACUGAUGGUGAUUUAGUCUCAAAAGAUACCUAG